GGAAGCCCCCUUAGGCUCCCAGGCCGGUGAUAAGGAAGGCGAACCAGAGAGAGACAGAGGUCUUUAAAGGAAAAACAAGCGAGCAAGAGGCAAGGCGAAAGCGGCCCGGUUUGAAAAGAAGCGGCGCUUGGAGACGCAGCAGCGAGGCGCGCGUAAAAGCGGGGCGCACGGAGCCCUUUUGCGCCCGGGGAUCGGCUGAAAGUCACGACCCCGGGAGGAGAAGCGGCGGCGGCGGCGGCUGUUCUCCUUUGCCUUCCCCGCUCGGAGCUGUUGCUCGCCGGCGAUCGCUCAAAGUGCUCCCCCAACAGGCAAAAACUUUCUCUUCGCGCACUCGCGCUGCCUCGCUCGCAGGCACACACACUGACGUCUUUUGCGCAUUUCCUGCAUUAGGGAGACAGACCCAGAGAGCGAGCGAGAGAGAGAGAGAGCGAGAGGUGGGGUAGGGCUCCUCCAGCCCAGCGCCAGACACACCAGGCGGGCGAGCGGCGCAAAAACAGCGAGCGCCCGGAGAGAGCGAGCGAGCGAGCAAGCGCGAGGAGAGCGAGUGCCAAGGGAGCGAGCCGGAGACAGAGAGAGAGAGCAACCCAUCGCCGUGCUGGUUUGGGUCGUUUGGCGAAAUAUAUUAUUAUUAUUUUUGUUAUAUAUCUAUUAUUAUUUUAUUUUUUUAAAAAAUAAGCUCCGUAAGUUGAACUCCCGCGCUGAGCAGUCCGAUCCGGAGCCGCUUCUCCCCAUGCCUUGGAUUCGAUCCACUGGAUCCUUGGCCUUGGAAGAGGAGGAGGCGGAGGAGGAGAAGGCGGCGAGGAGGCUCCUGCAGCCGAGGCGGAUGUAAGGUUCCCUGGCUGGGCUGGACUGUGUGAUUUCUCUGCUGCUUCGUCUCCCAGCCGGGGAGGCGGCGGAGCAGGCAGGGCGGCUCGCUCGCUUUGCUGCUUCUGGGUGGGUUUUGUUAUUAUUUUUCAAACUCCCCCUUCUUCCUCCCUCCUCCUGGGCUGCCGCCGCCGCCGCCGCCGCGCACAGACAAGACAGCACUAGCGUGUGCAAGAGCUUCGGAUUGUUUUUCUGUGUGUGUGUGUUUGUGUGCAGAAGACUGAUCCAGGAUUAUGAUCUAAAAAGGGGGGGGUGCGGAGGAGGAGGAGGAGGGGGAAAAAGAAAGUCUGUUUCUCUCUAUCCAGAGGCUCCUCUGAUUUUGCUCCGAUUGCAUUUUGGAUUCCUGCAAGCAGGGACGUCUCCCCCCCUCCCCUCCCCUCCCGUCCCUUCCUUGUUUUUCCGUUAGGAAACACACACAGCCAGAGAAAGGACGAGACCUCGAUGCAUGUCUGCAUGCAGGCGUGUGUGUAUUCCCCGGGCGUCGCGAGAGGAAGGGCUAAAUAAUCACAGGUAGCAGAAAAAAGCAACAAAAGGAGAGAGCCCCCCCCUUUCCCGCCGCCCUGCUGUUCUGAAGCCUGCACCUCCUGCCACUCCAACCUGCCUUCUUAUUUAUUGGAGAAAUCUCCUCGGAUCCCUCCGUACUUCAGAGUGUGUGCUUUAAUCCCAGGGAAAAAUUAAACAACAACAACAACUAGUGAAGCCAUCUAACCAUGGUGGUUUUCAAUGGCAUGCUGAAAAUAAAAAUCUGCGAAGCGGUGAAUCUCAAGCCCACAGCUUGGUCCCUGCGGCAUGCGGUGGGUCCCAAACCACAGACCUUCCUGCUGGACCCUUACAUUGCCCUCAAUGUGGACGACUCCCGGAUUGGCCAGACCUCGACCAAGCAGAAGACCAACAGCCCUGCCUGGAACGAUGAGUUUGUCACGGACGUUUGCAACGGCCGGAAGAUCGAGAUGGCCGUUUUCCACGAUGCCCCCAUUGGGUACGACGAUUUCGUGGCCAACUGCACCAUCCAGUUUGAGGACUUGCUGCAGAACGGGAGCCGCCACUUUGAGAACUGGAUUGAUUUGGAACCAGAAGGAAGAGUGUAUGUCAUCAUAGAUCUUUCAGGCUCAUCAGGUGAAGCACCCAAAGACAAUGAGGAACGAGUGUUUAGAGAGCGGAUGCGGCCCCGGAAGCGCCAGGGGGCUGUGCGACGCAGGGUCCACCAGGUUAAUGGGCACAAGUUUAUGGCCACCUACCUUAGACAACCAACAUAUUGUUCACACUGCCGAGACUUUAUAUGGGGAGUAAUAGGAAAGCAAGGGUACCAAUGUCAAGUUUGCACUUGCGUAGUCCAUAAGCGAUGCCAUGAGCUUAUAAUAACGAAAUGCGCUGGGUUGAAGAAGCAGGAAGCCCACGAUGAGGUGGGCUCCCAGCGCUUCAGUGUCAACAUGCCUCACAAGUUCAGCAUUCACAAUUACAAAGUGCCCACCUUCUGUGACCACUGUGGUUCGUUGCUCUGGGGUCUUCUGAGACAAGGUUUACAAUGCAAAGUUUGCAAGAUGAAUGUACAUAGACGCUGUGAAACAAAUGUGGCCCCCAACUGCGGAGUGGAUGCGAGGGGCAUAGCUAAAGUACUUGCUGACCUGGGUGUCACUCCGGAUAAGAUCACUAAUAGCGGACAAAGGAGGAAGAAGCUUGUCCCAGGUGCAGAAUCUCAACCACCGGUUCCUGGAUCCUCACCAGGAGACGAUGACAGAUCAAAGUCAGCACCGACUUCUCCAUGUGAUCAAGAAAUCAAAGAGCUUGAAAAUAACAUUAGGAAAGCAUUGUCAUUUGACAACCGAGGAGAAGAGCACAGGGGAGGAGCAGCGACCUCGACUGACGGCCAGCUUAACACUCCCGGGGAGAACGGCGAAAACGGAGAGGUCAAAACACAGACGAAGCGCAUGGGCCUCGAAGAGUUUAACUUCAUUAAAGUGUUAGGGAAAGGCAGCUUCGGGAAGGUCAUGCUAGCCGAGCUAAAAGGCAAAGAUGAAGUAUACGCCGUGAAAGUCUUAAAGAAAGAUGUCAUCCUACAAGAUGAUGACGUUGACUGUACAAUGACAGAAAAACGGAUUCUGGCGUUAGCACGGAAGCAUCCUUACUUAACACAGCUCUACUGCUGCUUCCAGACCAAGGACCGCCUCUUUUUCGUCAUGGAAUAUGUCAAUGGAGGAGACCUAAUGUUUCAGAUCCAGCGCUCGCGCAAAUUUGACGAGCCCCGCUCCCGCUUCUAUGCAGCAGAAGUCACAUCGGCACUCAUGUUUCUCCACCAACAUGGCGUCAUCUACAGGGACCUAAAACUGGACAAUAUUCUUCUGGAUGCAGAAGGUCACUGCAAAUUGGCUGACUUUGGGAUGUGUAAGGAAGGGAUCUUGAAUGGAGUAACGACUACUACCUUUUGUGGAACGCCAGACUACAUAGCUCCAGAGAUUCUUCAGGAAUUGGAAUACGGUCCCUCGGUCGAUUGGUGGGCGCUGGGUGUCCUCAUGUACGAAAUGAUGGCUGGCCAACCCCCCUUCGAAGCUGACAAUGAAGACGACCUCUUUGAAUCCAUCUUGCAUGAUGAUGUGCUAUAUCCAGUGUGGCUUAGCAAAGAAGCUGUUAGCAUUUUGAAAGCUUUCAUGACAAAAAACCCAAAUAAGCGACUUGGCUGUGUGACAUCUCAGAACGGCGAAGAUGCGAUUAAGCAACACCCUUUCUUUAAGGAGAUUGACUGGGUUCUUCUAGAGCAAAGGAAAAUCAAGCCGCCCUUCAAGCCUCGGAUUAAAACCAAAAGGGAUGUAAAUAACUUUGAUCAAGACUUUACACGAGAAGACCCAGUAUUAACAGCAGUGGACGAGACAAUUAUAAAGCAGAUCAACCAAGAAGAAUUUAAAGGCUUCUCAUAUUUUGGGGAAGAGCUGCUGCCAUAAGAAGUCCCCAGCGCGCCGUUUGGGGCCACCAGUUCACUGACACUGCAAGAGGUGGUUUUCCGCUACCCAGUCAAGAGCUACUUCUCUGACCUUGAGCCCAUAACCCUUACUUUCUACUAUGUCUAUCUAUUUAUUGUUAUUUUCCUUUUGUCCUUGAGCUGGAGGCACUCACGAUUUCCAUCUCACAAAGGAACGCAAAAUAUUUUGUGCCAGAAGUUCGUGAAGGUAACACAUUGCUGUUGUUUCUUGCUGCUGCCGCUGCUCCCCCAAACCUCUCAAUUUGGGAUCUUUUCUGUUGUUCUCCAGAAGGCCGCGACUUGUCCUCCCCAUCCUCAUCUAGCACCUUCGUAAAAUCAUGGAAUUUUAGAGUUGGAGGGGGAACGUGAGGGUCAUCUAGUCCAACCCCCUGCAGUGCAGGAAUCUAUCACCCAACGUGGGGCUCACACCCAUGAGAGUCUCGUGCUCUACCGACUGAGCUAUCCUGGCAGAACUAAUUCAUUCUGCCAUUUUGGAGAUUUUUUAAAAAGUCACUAGAAUGGUUCCCCUUCCCCCUGACCUGAGGAGGUUUCUGAGAGCCAAAUGGAGCAGCUUUGAUGGCUGUGUUUGACUUCUAGGCACGAGGUUCUCCACCCCUGCUAACAGUUUUCCAAGACAUGGUAAAUGACCAUCCCAUCGCACACGCACCUCUCAAGUGUACUAAACAAACACUUAGAUUUGCUUUCUUGCCCCUGUGGGACUAUCGCAGAAUUGUAAAGCUGGAAGGGCCAUGAGGACUACCUAGGUCAGCCCCCUGCAAUCUUUUGCCCAAGGUGGGGCUUGAACCCGCGACCCUGAGAUUAAGAGUCUCAUGGUGUCCCGGCUGAGCUAUCCACCCCAAACCAAUAGGUGGGGAUAAAGUCACCUUGCGUUGACUUUCCUGAAUCGAAUGUGAAUCGGUCCAUCGCAUUUGCUGUGGCAGCACAGCAUAGCUGUUGGAAGCCGAUUCCUCAAUUACGGACAGACAGCUUUAGGAUCAGCCAUUCGCCUUCCGCAGAAAUACCCUUCCGUUUCUUUUUAAUGGAAAGAGACCUCCAGGACGCUGCAGUUCUGAACUGGCUGUGGGCGAGGGGCCCAUGGCACUAGAGUUCACCUCCAAGCUUUGAUCCUCUUAGGCUCAACCAUGGCUGGUAGGCGGAAGUCAGGAAAGAGAAGACAGCAGCAAGUGAUGGGCAGAGGCAACCUUUUGCCCCCCCCCCCCGCCAAGUUCUACAAAGGUAACACUGAGACUAAGGAGGAAGGGGCUGGCAGACAAGUACCACCUUUCGGGCUGCUUGUGUGUUAAGAAGACAGGUAGGUGGGACGCCCUCUGCUUCUUAGGCUUAGAUGUUGCUUUCUAAGCAGAAGGCAAUGCACAUUCUUUCUCUUCAAAGUUCUGCUGCGUUGGGCUUCCCAGUUCGAUAGAACCAGGCCAUUGCAUGCUAAGGGCAUCUACAGCCCACAGUACUACCAGCUUGAGCUCAGUGCAAAGAAGCCUGGACAGAGGUUUCCCUGCUCUUUGAGAACAGGUCAUCAGUGCAGAAGGGAUGGUUGCUACAUAAUUCCCACAGAUGUACUAAGAUUCUUCUAAGGCAGAACGCCUGUGUGUGCUCAGCCUAGGAGUAAACCCUGUUGCACGGCAGUGGGGUUUAUCUCCAAUUAAGCAUGCACACGAUUGCAUGAAAAAAGCAGGCUUGGAAGUAAAUAUUUGGCUCCCUACUAGGUGCUUCCAGAAAUCUGUCCCUGGCCACAUUUUUAGCCCUCGUAAUGCAGGGUUUUGCGAGGGAGACAUCUCCCUUUACCUCCUCCUCUCUGCUGGUUGUACCCUUGAGCUGCUUCCCAAGCCUUGCUGCAAAGCCAUAAGUGAAUGGGGCACAGAUAUUUUACCAUGGAUCUUGAAAUAAAUAUACCCAAAGACACACUUCUCUGCAAACCUAGUUGCUGAGUGAA